AUGGACUUUGGGCUGAGCUGGGUUGUCCUUGUGGCUAUUUUACAAGGUGUCCAGUGCGAGGUGCAGCUGGUGGAGUCUGGGGGAGGCUUGGUGCAGCCUGGGGGGUCUCUGCGACUUUCCUGUGCAGCCUCUGGAUUCACCUUCAGUAGCUAUGGCAUGAGCUGGUUCCGCCAGGCUCCAGGGAAGGGGCUGGAGUGGAUCUCAGCUAUUAGUAGUAGUGGUGGUAACACAAACUAUGCAGACUCUGUGAAGGGCCGAUUCACCAUCUCCAGAGACAACUCCAAGAACACGCUGUAUCUGCAAAUGAACAGCCUGAGAUCUGAGGACACGGCCGUGUAUUACUGUGCGAGAUACACAGUGAGGGGAAGUCAGUGUGAGCCCAGACACAAACUUCCUUGCAGGGAGACAGGAUGGGGGAUGCAGGGGGCACUCAGGACUUACAACUGCUGUGUGUUUCAGCCCCAGGAGCAGCAUCUUACAGAAUUUCUGGGCUUCAGGAAUCUCAUCUGCAAGAAGAUGAAUCCACUGUGGUUCUUCCUCUUCCUGGUGUCAGCUCCCAGAGGUGUCCUGUCGCAGGUGCAGCUGCAGGAGUCGGGACCCAGCCUGGUGAAGCCCUCACAGACCCUCUCCCUCAUCUGCACUGUCUCUGGAGUCUCAUUAACCAAUUAUGAUGUACACUGGCUCCGCCAGGCUCCAGGAAAGGGGCUGGAGUGGAUUGGUGUGACCUGGGAUGGUGGAAGCAUAGGCUAUAACCCAACUCUUAAGUCCCGGCUCAGCAUCACCAGGGACACCUCCAAGAGUCAAGUCUACUUAUCGUUGAGCAGCCUGACAACUGAGGACACAGCCCUGUAUUACUGUGCGACAGACACAGUGAGGGGAAGUCAGUGUGAGCCCAGACACAAACCUCCCUGCACAGGGGCCCGUUACCACCAGGGGGAGCACAGGACCCACCAAGUACAGGGCUGA